AUGUAUUCUUUAAGAAACCAGCGAUGUUUGACUAGACUUCAUAGGUUUGGGAGUUUACGCGUUUCUACCAGAAUCACACCGCUAGUCACACCUGCUGCAUUCACGCGGAUUGCAAAAUUUGGAGUAAAACCUUUGACAACGUACUGUGCUAGAAUCAAUUAUUCAGCAUAUUUAGCUAGCUACGAUUCUACACCGCGUCGUUAUUAUGCUUCAAAAUCAUAUCCUCCCCAUUCUGUAAUCUCUAUGCCUGCAUUGUCUCCGACAAUGACGAUGGGUAAUGUUGGCACUUGGCAGAAGAAGAUUGGUGAUGAGAUAGCACCUGGCGAUGUUUUAGUAGAAAUUGAAACUGACAAAGCUCAAAUGGAUUUCGAAUGUCAAGAUGAGGGUUAUCUAGCCAAAGUCCUUGUUGAAACUGGAACAAAGGACGUCAAAAUCGGAACAUCUAAACCAACGACAACCGAUCACCAAACUACCGGACGGAUCUUUGCUAGCCCAGUAGCACGUAGAUUAGCACAUGAACUUGGAGUUUCUCUUAAUCAAGUUACUGGAACAGGACCAAAAGGUCGCAUAACAAAGGCUGAUGUUGAAAGUCUUGCUUCUGCUGAACCCACAGAACCCGAAAAACCAGUUACGCCUAUUAUCGAACCCACAUCUCCUUAUACUGACAUUCCUUUAACCAAUAUGCGUAAAGUUAUCGCUCAACGAUUAACAGAUUCUAAAGUAUACGUUCCCCAUUAUUACCUAACUAUUGAGGUUAAUAUGGAUAAGGUCUUGCAACUUCGUGAAACUCUUAAUAAUGAGAGUGAUGGCAAAUAUAAGUUAUCUGUGAAUGACUUUAUAAUCAAAUCAUCUGCUUCCGCACUUAUGGUCGUUCCUGAAGUGAAUAGUGCAUGGCAUAAUGAUUUUAUUCGACAAUAUCACAAUGCUGACAUCUCCGUCGCUACCGCUACUCCCUCCGGUUUAAUCACUCCGAUUGUAACAAAUGCACAAUCAAAAGGGUUGGCAACCAUUUCAAAGCAAGUUAAAGAAUUAGCUGGUCGUGCCAGAGAAGGGAAAUUGUUACCACAAGAAUAUCAGGGAGGAAGCUUCACCAUCUCAAAUCUGGGGAUGUUUGGCGUCAAAUCCUUCACAGCUAUUAUUAAUCCACCGCAGUCAUGUAUUCUUGCUGUAGGAAACACUGAACAAAAACUUGUUCCUGAUUCUAAUGCAGAGACGAACUAUCGAGUUGUCAAUACAAUGCACGUGACGCUCUCAUGUGAUCACAGAGUUGUUGAUGGGGCAGUAGGUUCUCAAUGGCUAAAAGAGUGGAGAUCUUAUAUUGAAAAUCCACUUAGGUUACUUUUGUAA